GCUCAAGGCGCCAAGGGCACAUGUGACAAGAAGGUGCCAGCUUUAUAAACCUUGGGACUUCUUCUGUGUCAGUUCUGAGACAUACAAUUUACUAAAACACAUCAUGAAGGCCUGUUUUGAAGAGAAGGGGGGGAAUAAGACUGCAUCUGUUCACAUGAGGUCAGGAAGAAAGUGAGAGUCCUGCCAGCUGCCAUCUGUGUCCAUUUCAAUUACACAUUCAGGAAGAGGUUCUCCAGCAUUUGGCUCAAGGCCCCAAGGGCACAUGUGACAAGAAGGCGCCGGCUUUUUAAACAUUGGAAGUUCUUCUGUGUCAGUUCUGUGACAGAACAUUUACUUAACACAUCAUGAAGGCCAGUUUGGAUGUGGAGGGGAAUAGACUCCAUCUAUCCAUAUGAGAGUUGGAGUCUCACUCUGUUGUCCAGGCUGGAGUUCAGUGGUAGGAUCAUGGCUUACUGCAGUCUGGAACUCCUGGGCUCAAACCAUCCUCCCACCUCAGCCUUCUGUUGCAGAAGAAUAUUUUGCCUGCUUGAACCUGCUGUAUCUACUCAAGAGUGGAAGUUUUCACAGGGAGCUGCCACGUUUCUCCCAGCACAAAGUUGGGAGUGACACCAGAGCCUCCUGCAAGAUGCUUCUGAUUCUGCUGUCAGUGGCCCUGCUGGCCUUCAGCUCAGCUCAGGACUUAAAUGAAGAUGUCAGCCAGGAGGAUGUUCCCCUCGUAAUAUCAGAUGGAGGAGACUCUGAGCAGUUCCUAGAUGAGGAGCGUCAGGGACCACCUUUGGGAGGACAGCAAUCUCAACCCUCUGCUGGUGAUGGAAACCAGGAUGAUGGCCCUCAGCAGGGACCACCCCAACAAGGAGGCCAGCAGCAACAAGGUCCACCACCUCCUCAGGGAAAGCCACAAGGACCACCCCAACAGGGAGGCCAUCCCCAUCCUCCUCAAGGAAGGCCACAAGGACCACCCCAACAGGGAGGCCAUCCCCCUCCUCCUCGAGGAAGGCCACAAGGACCACCCCAACAGGGAGGCCAUCCCCCUCCUCCUCAAGGAAGGCCACAAGGACCACCCCAACAGGGAGGCCAUCCCCGUCCUCCUCGAGGAAGGCCACAAGGACCACCCCAACAGGGAGGCCAUCAGCAAGGUCCUCCCCCACCUCCUCCUGGAAAGCCCCAGGGACCACCUCCCCAAGGAGGCCGCCCCCAAGGACCUCCACAGGGGCAGCCUCCCCAGUAAUCUAGGAUUCAAUGACAGGAAGUGAAUAAGAAGAUAACAGUGUUUCAAAUGCCGUGAAACAUGGCAUCAUGCUCUAACUUCAGUAUACCAAUAAAACAAUAAGCUUGCAA